UUGAGGUAGAGGGAAAUAUAUAAUGGAUUCGCGGAGUUCUCUUUCAAUGUCCUCUCGCUCGCAAACCAGAACUCUCUGAAAACCUCACCUCCACCUACGGCUUCUGGAUUUUGUAGGGUUCGGACUCCUGACUUAUUGAAAUUCGGAAGGAAUCGAUCUUCUUCUUCUUCUCUGGAUUGCGCUAAAUUCAAAUAAAAACGAAAAGGGCAUAGAACUGAUGGACAGCAGCUAUGACCGAUAUGUUUUAGUUGCUAAGAAAGAAAUUCCAGUGCCACCUCCAUUACCCUGUCUGGCAACAGUCUCCUGUCACCAGAAAGGAUUUGUUAAAAAUAUUCCAUCGGUAAGAGGACACUGCUGUGUCUCUACAGCAGCAAGAGAUUUGUGGGAGUGCCUUUUCAAUGAAGGGUAUAGAGCAGAUGUCGUUAUCAAUACAGACAACAGUGGCGUGCUUUACGCGCAUGCCAGUAUUCUUGGUAUGGCUUCUCCGGUGAUAAAGGGCAUGUUGAGGAAAGCAAAGAAACAUGGUCAUCAACGAUUAAUCUCAAUUCAUGGUGUUCCACAUGAUGCAGUACGAAUUUUUAUCCGAUUCCUCUACUCUUCCUGUUACAAGAAAGAGGAAAUGGAGGAAUUUGUAUUGCCUUUGUUGGUACUUUCACACGUGUACAUGGUUCCCCAGUUGAAGCAACUAUGUGAGUGGCAGCUAGAGAGAGGCUCACUUACAACAGAUAAUGUGGUUGAUGUAUUUCAACUUGCAUUACUGUGUGAUGCUCCUCGUCUUAGCUUAAUAUGUCACCGUAUGAUCCUAAAGAACUUUAAGGUUAUUUCUACAACAGACGGAUGGAGUGCCAUGAAGCAGAGCCAUCCAAAGCUUGAAAGCGAGAUUCUGCUGUCAAUGAUUGAUGAAGAGAAUAGUAAAAAGGAGAGGAUCAGAGAACUAGAGGAGAAGAAGAUGUACUUGCAGUUAUAUGAGGCAAUGGAGGCUUUGGUUCAUAUAUGCAGAGAUGGUUGUAAAACAAUUGGACCACAUGAUAAAGAUCUUAAUGAGGACCAGGCACCUUGUAAUUUUGCAGCUUGUAGAGGUCUAGAAUUGCUUGUCCGUCAUUUCGCCAGUUGCAAGUUGAGAGUCCCCGGUGGUUGUGUCCAUUGCAAGAGAACGUGGCAAUUAUUGGAAUUGCAUUCCCGUCUUUGUUCAGAUUCAGAAGUGUGUAGGGUGCCUUUGUGCAGGAAUUUGAAGGACAAAAUUAAGAAGCAGGGCAAGAAGGAUGAGAUCCGGUGGCGAAUUUUGGUGAAAAACAUAUUGAGGGCAAAGACUAUUGGAAGAUCUCCAUUCUUUGUGUCUAUAUAUGACUAGAUAUACGAUAGUAGUUGCCUCUUUGUACAGGAAGAUAUUGGUUUGCCAGAAGUAGGAACUGGGACAGAUUCUUAUUUUCAAGAAUCUUAAUCCCACCAUUGAAUUGAAUAUUAAGGUUCUAGCUUUUUAAGAAAUCUCAUUCCAUUGAAUUACUGU